AUGGAGCUUGGAGAGAUCGUUGUGGCUGAACAUCCCGGCGAGAGGCAGUUGUAUGCGGAGCAGAAGCCAAGAGCCCAGGACCUGCUGGGGAGAAGCAGAAAUCGCAUCCACCAAGUUUUCGAGUAUCUCACAGGAGAAAUGAAAGAAUAUGGAGAGUGGAUGAAAAAUAAGCCCCUAAUGGUUCAGCUGGUGGACUGGAUCUUGCGAGGCACCUCUCAGGUGAUGUUUGUCAACAACCCUCUCAGCGGGCUCAUUAUUUUAGUGGGGCUUUUCAUCCAGAGCCCCUGGUGCCUGCUCACAGGCUGUACUGGAACGACCGUGUCGACGUUAACUGCGCUGGCCCUCAGUCAGGACAGAUCAGCCGUUGCAGCUGGGCUGCACGGCUAUAACGGGAUCUUGGUGGGACUCCUUAUGGCCGUCUUCUCUGACAAAGGGGAUUACUUCUGGUGGCUUCUUCCUCCUGUGGCUGUUACAUCAAUGGCCUGUCCAAUCCUGUCCAGUGCUUUGGGAUCCAUCUUCAGUAAAUGGGACCUUCCUGUUUUCACUCUGCCCUUCAAUAUUGCGGUGACUUUGUACUUGGCAGCCACAGGACACUACAACCCCUUCUUCCCUACAACCCUCAUCAAGCCUGUAGCUUCAGUCCCCAAUAUCACCUGGUCUGCAAUCAAUGUGCCAUUGCUCUUACAAUCCAUCCCAGCCGGCGUUGGUCAAGUGUAUGGUUGUGAAAACCCCUGGACUGGAGGCAUCAUCCUUGUUGCUUUACUUAUCUCCUCCCCACUUAUUUGUUUACAUGCUGCAAUUGGAUCGACGGUGGGGAUGUUUGCAGCGCUGAGCAUUGCAUCACCAUUUGACAGCGUCUACCUUGGCUUACACAAUUACAACUGCGCGCUCGCCUGCAUUGCGAUGGGGGGCAUGUUCUACGCCCUGACCUGGCAGACUCAUUUGCUGUCACUUGCCUGUGCAUUAUUUUGUGCCUACUCCGGAGCAGCUUUUGCUAAUGCCCUAUCUGUGCUUGGGCUGCCACUCUGCACCUGGCCUUUUUGCUUCUCCGCACUUCUCUUUUUGCUGAUAAAUUCAGACAACCCAGCCAUCUACAAAAUUCCCCUCUGCAAAGUCACCUACCCAGAAGCCAACCGGAUCUACUACCUGAGAAUGAAGAGAAGAGCAUCAGAGAGCCGGAGAGAAGAGCAGAAACAAAAGGAGCAGAAACCCUCCGGUGACUCAAAAAUAAGCACAGGAGGCACCCCCCUGUGCACCCCCAAAAACCGCCACGCUUACUGAUUUCAAAUGUCCACAAGUGUACAGGUUUGGGGUGUUUUUUUCAGAUACCAGCCAAGCACACCACAGCCACAAACACCACCUUCAGUAGCAGUCUGCAGGCUGGGGAUUCAGCAUCCCACGCUCCGGAGGAAAGAUGAUUUGCCCUUGAGCUAAGCUUUCCAAAAAGCACUCAGGUAACAUAAUAAUGCCUGCCUUAUCAAUCCACAGGCUGUUAACUUCAAAGUCACCUCUUAUCAAUAAUAAUUAUAAGAAUAGGCAGAAGAACAUUAAAGCUGACAAGAGGCUGUAUUUAAUUUCAGACAUACAAUUUAACAAAAUAAAUAUGCUGAGAAGGCAUUGGUAUCUAACAACAAUAAAUAAUGUAAGAACUACAUCAAGAGCUGCACUUCAAAUUAAGAACAUGUAUAUUUGAAAGUGGAAUAAACAGACUGAUCUCUUCCUU